UUUCCCGCGUCUGAGUCUAGCUGCACCCUGCUCCUUGUCUCCCAUCCUUGCAAAGCUUGUCUGAGUGGAGCCAACACGCCCAGAGGGGGACAGGAGAGUCAACUACUAAACCAACAGGUUUCUGCGACCUCAGCAAAUCCCAGCAUGCCUUCAGGGACAUCCCAGUGUGAAGAUGGCUCUGCAGGGUGCCCCCAGGACUUGGAGGUACAGCCAGAAAAAGGGCAACUGGAGAAGGGAGCCUCAGGGGACAAGGAAAGAGUCUGGAUCUCGCCUGAUACCCCAAGCAGAUGUACUUGGCAGCUGGGCAGGCCCAUGGCGGAUUCCCCACAUUACCACACAGUGCCGACAAAAUCCCCGAAAAUUUUGCCAGAUAUUCUGAGGAAAAUUGGCAACACCCCUAUGGUCAGAAUCAACAGGAUCUCCAAGAAUGCAGGACUCAAGUGCGAGCUGUUGGCCAAGUGUGAGUUCUUCAACGCCGGUGGGAGUGUGAAGGACCGCAUCAGCCUCCGGAUGAUUGAAGACGCUGAGCGAGCCGGAACCUUGAAGCCCGGAGACACGAUCAUUGAGCCAACUUCUGGCAACACAGGGAUCGGGCUGGCUCUGGCAGCUGCUGUGAAGGGCUAUCGCUGCAUUAUCGUGAUGCCUGAGAAGAUGAGUAUGGAGAAGGUGGAUGUGCUGCGAGCUCUGGGAGCUGAGAUUGUGAGGACGCCCACCAACGCCAGAUUCGAUUCCCCCGAGUCCCACGUAGGAGUGGCAUGGCGACUGAAGAACGAAAUCCCCAAUUCUCACAUUCUGGACCAGUACCGCAAUGCCAGCAACCCCUUGGCGCACUACGAUGACACCGCAGAGGAGAUCCUGCAGCAGUGCGACGGGAAGGUGGACAUGCUGGUGGCUUCAGCAGGCACGGGUGGCACCAUCACGGGUAUCGCGAGGAAGCUGAAGGAGAAGUGCCCAGGUUGUAAAAUCAUCGGUGUAGAUCCCGAGGGGUCCAUCCUCGCGGAGCCCGAGGAGCUGAACCAGACGGAGCAAACAGCCUAUGAGGUGGAAGGGAUCGGCUACGACUUCAUCCCCACCGUCCUGGACAGGGCGGUGGUGGAUAGGUGGUUCAAGAGCAAUGAUGACGAUUCCUUCGCCUUCGCCCGCAUGCUCAUCUCCCAGGAGGGACUGCUGUGCGGUGGGAGUUCAGGCAGCGCUAUGGCCGUGGCUGUGAAGGCUGCCCAGGAGCUAAAGGAAGGACAGCGCUGUGUGGUCAUCCUGCCCGACUCUGUGCGCAACUACAUGUCCAAGUUCUUGAGUGACAAAUGGAUGCUGCAGAAAGGCUUCAUGAAGGAGGAGCUCUCCGUGAAGAGACCCUGGUGGUGGCAUCUGCGUGUCCAAGAGCUGAGCCUAUCAGCACCGCUGACCGUGUUGCCCACUGUCACCUGUGAGCACACCAUCGCCAUCCUCCGGGAGAAGGGUUUUGACCAGGCACCUGUGGUCAACGAGUCUGGGGCCAUCCUAGGGAUGGUGACUCUCGGGAACAUGUUGUCCUCCCUGCUUGCUGGGAAGGUGCGGCCAUCAGACGAAGUCUGCAAAGUCCUCUACAAGCAGUUCAAGCCGAUCCACCUGACCGACACACUGGGCAUGCUCUCCCACAUCCUGGAGAUGGACCACUUCGCCCUGGUGGUCCAUGAGCAGAUCCAAUACCGCAACAAUGGCGUGUCCAGCAAGCAGCUGAUGGUGUUUGGUGUUGUCACCGCCAUUGACCUGCUAAACUUCGUGGCAGCCCGUGAGCAGACCCGGAAAUAGAGUUCAGAAGUCAGGACUGGCUUCCAUCCUCCCUGCUGGGACUUCUUGGCUUUCAGAGACACCGACUGGUUUCCACACCCAAGUCCAGCAGGUGGCUGCUGAGGCCAGCACCCUCCCCUCCUAACGCUCAGCUCCCUAUAGGAAUCCUCUAUGUCCGAGUAGCUUACGUGGGCUUUCCUCUGGUGUCCCAGAACCAAGGAAUGGCAGCCAGGAAAGAUAGGCACAGACUACACUCGCCACAAGACUCAGGGUGCCUAGGAAAGUGUCCUCUCCAGAGAGGGCUCCAGCCUGAGAAAGGGCAAACCCUGGACUGACUGUGCUCAUCCUCAGGGGGCAGUGCUGGCCCCAGCAAGGGAGCAUGUGGGUUUUAAAUGAAGGUGCGUUCCAGUGACCUGAGACCCACAGCUGUGAAGUAAACGUCGUGCCUGUACGGAGUGUCACCACCUGGGUCAUGACCCUGCUUAGCAGUUCCUCCUCACAUCUCCCUCCUUUCCCGACAAGCACCUACUUUCUGUCUCAACUCUUCCUAUAAAUGAAUCACAUACCUGUGGUCAUGUCUACCUAAUUUUCCUGGAAUGAGUGCCUUGUGUUUUCCUGUUAUGGCCUGUGUCAGAGUUUCGUUCCUUUCCAUGGCUGAGGGAGCCCAUUGUGUGGAUGGGUGGUUCUUAUUUUCUGGGCAUCGGUAUGCUUGAAUACAUUUCCCCGCUGGGGUGUAGCCCGGUUGGGCUCACUGCA